GGGGGCAGAUGAAUUAUGAUGAUGUCAGACAGUGUGAUUCUGAAGAACAACAUUUCAGAUGAAAGACGAAUGAUCUCGGUUACCUGGGAGGUCUCUGCAAGCAGCCACCACCAGAUGCUUCAGUGUUUCAUGAGCCAGGAAUGUUUCUGCCCCUGUGGGGCCUCUGCAACACAGCAUAAAAGCCCGUGCUGCUGCAGGCUCUGCAUCGUGCUCUCUUCCCUCACUUUCCUUGAGGAACGAGGAUGUAUGUCCACAAGAAUUAGGACCGGCAGCAGGUGGUCUCUAACAGAACAGGCAGGUGUACCCCACUCCAUCUUCACUGCUGUGAUUUUCUUUUUUGAGCUUUGCCUCCCUCAGCAAGAGAUGUCGUGCUGCAGACCCUGUGUCCCAUCCCCCUGCGGUGCCUCUGGCCCAACCCCACUGGCAAGCAGCUGCAGUGAGCCAUGUGUCGCCCGCUGCGCUGACUCCACUGUGGCCAUCCAGGCCUCCGCUGUGGUGGUGACCCUGCCGGGCCCCAUCCUCACCUCCUUCCCUCAGAACACAGCCGUGGGAUCCUCUCUGUCAGCUGCUGUUGGCAGCUCCCUCAGCACCGCGGGCGUUCCCAUCUCCUCUGGGGGCUCCCUUGGUCUGGGGGGCUCAGGGCUGUGUCUGCCUCGCCCACGCUGCAGUUUUAACUGCUGAAGACAGUGGAUCAUUCCCAUUUGGACAACACAUCCUGGAUACGGAUGGAUCGUUCUCUCAACCUCCCUGAAAACCGAAAGCAUGAUUCUUUCCCCUCUGUACUGAGCCACUUUGUUUUUUCCUUCUCAUUAAAGACUUUGUGCAGCAUA